ACUAAAAACUAUCCAAUCAACACGCGACUGGUACGGAAGUGGCAUAUUUGAAAACUUUCAGUUGACGCGAUCCUUUUCGUGCUCUAUUACGUAUAACUGGAUUAAUGAUAUAAAAAUCAAGAUGGAAGAAGAGGAGCACACCGACAGGAAGCAGCAGCUGGCCAUGCUUUAUCAAAAGAUCAAUAAAAUUAAACAGUAUUUCGAUGAAGAUGACACGGACCAAAUUAACCAUGUUAUCGACUCUAACUCGCCCGAAUACUGCCUCUCCUAUUUAAUGGACCUGGAGAAGAAAGGGGAUCCUCACCUAAAUCAUAACCACCUCAACAGACUUAUUGACUUUCAUACCAGAGUGUUCUCCAACAUGCCGCUGGGAAAACACUGUCAGAAUGAGAGCUACGCCAGGCUGCUGGUCAGAUUUGCAGAGCUGAAAGCAAUUCAAGAUGUCAAUGAGGCGGAAGCCAACUUCAACGUGGCAAGAUCUCACAGCCAGAACUUUGCAUUUGUGCACAUCGCACAUGCACAGUUUGAACAUUCUCAAGGCAACACAAAGAGGGGCAUUCACAUAGUGCAGAAUGCCAUAGAACUGGGCGCCAAACCCAAGGAGCUGCUCGAGGCGGCCUUGCAAAGCAUGCAGUCGGGGAAAGCCCAUUUCUUCUUUUCAGAGGAUAAGGAAAAUGUACUUCAGUCGUCGAACAGUGAUCCGCACAGUUCUGUCAAAAAGCGCUCUGUGUUCCAAAAAGUGUGCAGAACAUCGGACGGCAGCAGUGAUUUGCAGCUCUCCAGUAUUUUUGGUUCAGGGCCAGAGCCUCUGGGUAGAUCAUCAGAUGAACAACUAUCGGGCUGGAGAUCUGAAUCUCACUGCAAGAGAGUACUUGGCAUGCCGGGGAGAGUUCCUGUUGUACGUUUCCCCAUCCCAGAAAAAGAUGAUGAUGACGACGACAUUAAUGAGAAGCCCUCAAAGAGAAACGAUUCAUCAAUCCACACACGCUUGUCCAGGCAGACAUCUGGUUCUAACGCAAACCUGGCGUUCGGGCUGUCCUCUACAAAGAAAAAAGAUGUCGAUGUAGAUCGAUUGUACCAUCGACCGCCAGCUGUCAGUCCACCGCAUUGCCCUUGGGAGGAGCAGGCCGCCGUGGACUCCACCACCGCGCUCCUCAACACGCACGACGCAAGGGACGCCCCGAGAAUGGAGGAUGUGACGUUCACCUUCGACCAGGUCGUCAACACAAAUUCCCCGGAGUCGUGUUGGACGUAUCUGAUGAACCUGGAGAAAAGAGGCAGCCCCCACACAGACAUGAACCUGCUGAAUAAGCUCAUGGACUGUUAUUCUAAAAUCUUCUCCAGGCUGCCGAUAAGGCAGUUCAGCAAAAAUGCCAGCUAUGCCAGAAUACUGGUCCGAUAUGCAGAACUCAGGGGGAUUGAGGAUCCAGAUGAAGCCCAGGACCACUUCAUAGUUGCAAGAUCCAACUGUAAAGGCUUUGCCUUUGUCCACAUAGCACAUGCACAGUUUGAGGUUUCGCAAGGUAAUGUUAUCAAAGCAACUUCCAUUCUGCACAAAGCCCAGGCCUUAAACGCCCGGCCCGCACAGCUGCUGGAGAUGGCCGUACGUAACCUGAAGGCUGGAGAGAAACAGCUUGUAGUCACCAGGGAGGAGGAGCCUCCCACAGAUUGGCAAACCGUUGCCGCAGUGAGUGCUUCUACCGGCGGGAGGAACCAGGAGCUGCAGCUCCCUGCUCGGGUCCCUGUGCGCCGGUCAACUGAGCAGCCGAAAGCUGCCAGCAAGGAGCCGGCAUCCGAGUGGAAGAUGCCAGCUGUCACCAACCGGCACGUUUCCCCAGAGGAUAAGCAAACUACACCUCCUGAGCCCAGACCCGGCCCCUUUAUGCUGGAGCCCCUUCCUACUCCAUCCCUCAACCUUCCUUCAAGAAUGAACCCACAGUCGGUCUGUCAGACUCCCAACGGCUACAGGAACCGCUGUGCUAGCAGCUUUAUUACCCCUGUUGUAAAGAGAGGCCCUGAGGUGCCCCCCUCUGCGGUAGCAGCGCACCGAGCUGCACCCGUUCAGCAGCCGUGCACGCCGCUCAACCAAGCGCCGGGCUUCCAAACCCCACAGUCGUCCUUCUCUGCGUUGUCAAAUGAAACUAUUACCAUCAAGGGAAAGCAGUUCUUCAUACUUAAGAUGAUUGGACGUGGCGGGUCUAGCAAGGUCUAUCAGGUCCUCGAUCACAAAAAGCAGCUGUUCGCUGUGAAAUACGUCGACCUCGAGGAGGCUGACGCUCAGACAAUAGAAAGCUACAAAAAUGAGAUUGUGCAUCUGAAUCGCUUGCAGCAGUACAGCGAUCAAAUCAUCAAGCUGUACGACUAUGAAAUAACCACCAGCUACAUCUACAUGCUGAUGGAGUGCGGUAACUUGGAUCUGAACACUUGGCUGCGAAACCGCAAGACUGUGAAUCCGCUGGAGAGGAAGUUCUACUGGAAGAACAUGCUGGAGGCCGUCGACACCAUCCACAAACACGGGAUCGUCCACAGUGACUUGAAGCCAGCAAAUUUUGUCAUUGUCAAUGCUUCGCUGAAGUUGAUUGACUUUGGCAUCGCCAACAGAAUCCAGCCAGACGUCACGAGCAUCAUGAAGGAUUCACAGGUUGGAACCUUGAACUACAUGCCCCCCGAGGCCAUCAAAGACACCUCAUCCCAGGCAGGGAAAGCCCGCUCAAAGAUCAGUCCCAAAGGUGACGUGUGGUCCCUCGGCUGCAUCCUGUACUGCAUGACUUAUGGGAAAACUCCAUUCCAAAGCAUCGUCAAUCAGAUUGCCAAGCUGCACGCCAUCAUUGACCCUUCUCAUGGGAUGGAAUUCCCUGACAUCGCCGAGAAGGAUUUGCUGGAUGUGUUGAAGAGGUGCUUGGUACGAAACCCACGAGAGCGAAUCUCUAUCGCAGAGCUGCUGGAGCAUCCAUACCUGCAGCUGAAGAACCAAACAACACCUGGACCAGAACGUUGCAGUAACGGUGAUCUCCAGAGGAUCCUAACAGACCUCGCAGCCCUGCAGUCUCCAAAGAGCAUCGUCCGAGCUGCUAAUAAUCUGGCCAGAAUGUGCAGCAGCGGCAGGAAGUUGGAUGUUGCAGAGUGCGCAAAGCCAUCCACCUAAUUGUCCUGGAUUGUUAUUUACAUUAUUCCCUUUCUCUUUUUUAACUCCUUAACCACUUCAGUGGAGUAACAGUAUUUUCUGUAGAAUUUACAAGUCUAUUUUUUGUGGCUUUUGAAACAAAAUUAUUAGAUUUCUUCAUUUUACUCUAAUCCUCUGAUAAUAAAUGUAAGCAUACAGCAUAGUCAAAUAAAAGUACGGUAUUCUUAGGACUUGUGGAUCUGUUUCAAAAUGUUGUGUUUAUCAAGAUAUUAUCUAAAAAAAAAAACUUAUUGUCAAUAAGUAAAUUUGUAGUGCUUUGA